CUUUUAUUUUGAAAAACCUUUGACAUGGAAGUGUUUUUCUUGGAGCUGCUGCUCUGCGGGUCGACACGUGUGUAGCUGUCACAGAGGACUUUUCAAGGCAACAGUUACCUACAUGACAACGAAUUGCACCUUUGAGUGUUUCCUAUGAAAUCAUGGCUGAUGCGUUCAGCAGCAGCUCGGAAACUGUAAUUCAGCGUGUGGUGGACGUUACAGUGAGGACAAACACUCCUGUGGAAAAACUAGAAGAGCUGUAUCAGAUUCAGAAGACCUGUGACUUCAUUAGUGAACAUCAGUUCAAAAAGGUUGCUCUGCAGUUUCCUGAUGAGCUGCUGGGAGAUUCAAUUGCAGUCUCAGAGGAGAUCCAGAAGAACAGCGAUGCCACACCAUUUAUUUUGGGAGACACAUCCUAUGGAAGUUGCUGUGUGGACGAGGUAGCUGCAGAACAUGUUGGAGCUGAGUGCAUUGUCCACUAUGGCAGCACCUGCCUCAGCCCGUCUAAACGACUGCCGAUGAUGUACGUCUUUGAGAAAAGACCGGUGGAUGUGGAGAAGUGUGCCGCCUCCUUCAGAGAACUCUACCCUGACACACAGAAUCACAUCAUCAUCCUCUAUGAUGUCAACUACAGUCAUGCUAUUAAUGAUCUUCUGUCCCUCCUGUCACCAGAAUAUUCAAACCUUUUUGCCUCAGAGCUUGUUGUGGAAGGGGAGCAGUGUUGCAGCCAUGGCCGGGUUAAAAUACAAACUAAUGACUCCUGCCUCUCUGAGCAAGACAACAAGCAGGUUAUUUUUCAGUUUGGACGGCAGUUCAUCUUGAAAAGUGGCUCCGGUAUAACAGACUACAGCAUGUUCUACGUCGGUCAGGAGGGAGCAACCUUACGAAACUUCAUGAUGACUUGGAAUCGCUGCUCAUUUUGCUCUUUCGACCCUGUGACUAUGAAGGGAAGGAUUGAGUCAGUAAGCAUCAACCGUGCGCUGAUGAAGAGAUACUACGCUAUAGAAAGAGCCAAAGACGCUAAUGUGGUCGGCAUCCUGGUCGGCACUCUGGGGGUGGCCGAUUACCUCGCCAUCAUCCAGCAGCUGAAGGACACGAUCCGCAGAGCUGGAAAGAAGAGCUACAUGUUCGCCAUGGGGAAACUGAACGUACCCAAACUGGCAAACUUUCUCGAAAUUGACAUCUUUGUGUUAAUAGCGUGUCCCGAGAACUCGCUUUUGGACUCCAGUGAGUUCUACAAACCCGUAGUGACACCAUUCGAGAUGGAGGUGGCCUGCAACAAGAACAGGGAGUGGUCGGAGGAAUAUGUCACAGACUUCCGGCAUCUCCUGCCAGGUGGACUGAGUCAUGUGCCUUUGGCUGAUCAGCAGGACGGCGGUGAUGAGACGGACGUUUCAUUAAUCACUGGAGCUCUGCGAAGCCACAGUCUGCUGAGCAGUGAGCCUGAACAGUCGUCAUUCAGCUCCUCUGUGGUCCUCAGGAACCAGACGAUGACUGUCGCCAACACAAACUCAGCUGCGUCUUUCCUGGCAGGUCGGAGCUGGCGUGGCUUAGAGCAGAAGCUGGGAGAGACACCUGUGGUGAAGGCGGUAGAGGGCAGGAGAGGCAUAGCUAUUGCCUACGAAGAGGAAGGAACGUCUUCACGAUGAUUCACCAGCAGUCCACCAGGCCUUCAGCACAUUAUUUAUUCACUUACAAAUGCGCCAAAUGUGUUGUACGCAACUUGUAAUUGCUGUAGGCUGCAAGUGUUAAAUGUUUUUAAUGAAAUAAAUAUCAGAGAGCACUAUUUUUUAUUACUGAAUCCCAGAAUGUAACGUAUGAUUUCGAUCAAUUGCUACAACCUGAUAUAAUGACCACUGUGGAAAAUAAAUAAAGGAGAACAUUAAGGCUCUAA